AUGGCACGGCAACAUGCUGCCUCUGUGCUUGCCGCGGCGUUGGUCUUCGGGAUACUCGCAUCCAUCCCAGCUGAGGUGCGAUCCAUCGGCGUGUGCUACGGCGUUAAGGGCGACCACCUGCACAUGCCGUCGGCGAGCGAUGUGGUGAAGCUCUAUGUAUCCAGGGGCAUCACCGGCAUGCGCAUCUAUGAGGCCAACGCUGAGACGCUCGCGGCCCUCGACGGAACCGGCAUCGACCUCAUCGUGGACGUACCCAACCACCAGGUCGCCAAGAUGGCCUAUUGCCCCUGCGCCGCGUCCAAAUGGGUCCAAGACUACGUCGUGGCCUACCCGGGCGUGAGCAUCAGGUACAUCGCCGUCGGCAACGAGGUGAACGGCGACGAGCCGCUGGCGCAAAACAUCCUCCCAGCCAUGCAGAACAUGAACGCCGCCUUGUCCUUGGCCGGCUUCGAGCAAAUCAAGGUGUCCACGGCGGUGCAAUCGGGUGUGACAACGGGGUACCCUCCCUCCCACGGUACCUUCUCUCCCGAACGGGGUGCCCACAUGCCGCCCAUCGCGCUGUACCUUGCCAAGACGGGUGCGCCGCUGCUUGCUAACGUGUACCCCUACUUCGCCUACACGGGCACGCCCGGGAUUGACAUCAAGUACGCCCUCUUCACCUCGUUGGGCACGGUGGUGCAGGAUGACAACGGUCUCGCCUACCAGAACCUGUUCGAUGCGAUGGUUGACACGUUCUACGCGGCGCUCCAGAGCGCCGGGGCAACGGAUGUCGGCAUUGUGGUGUCCGAGAGCGGGUGGCCGUCGGCCGGCGCAACGGCUGCGACUGUUAGUAACGCGCAGGCGUACAACCAGGGGCUGAUCGACCACGUCUCCUAUGGCACGCCCAAGGUGCCGCAGCCGCUGGAGACGUACAUAUUCGCUAUGUUUAACGAGAACGAGAAGACAGGUGAAGAGACGGAGAAGCACUUUGGGCUGUUCAACCCGGACAUGUCGUCGGCGUACGAUAUCAACUUCUAA